CGAUUGGUUUCUCCUCCGGUUUUCCCCAUCGAUCCCCUUCUGCGCUGCCUAUUCCUCUUCCCCGCCGCCUGCUAGGGUUACUGCUUCAUCGCGGCCAACGCCACCGCCGUCCACCGUCAUCCUUGACCGCCGCCGCUGGCCGGGUGAGCUUCUUCCACGCCCGCCGGCGUCCAUCUCGCGUCGCUCCUCCGGCCAUUUCUUCACCUCCUCGACUCCCCGAAGCUCCCGCCCGCGUGAGCCACCAAAUGCGGCUGGCGGAGGAGGCGGGGCUGGCCAGCCCGCUCGACGAGCUCCUCCCGCCGGUGGACUUCUGCUGCGCGUACGGCUCAACCCUCCUCCACGCGCGCUCCGGCGCGGCCUCCAUGAUCGACUACAUCCUCGGCAUCCCCGACCCGCUCCAGUGGCACUCCGAGAACUUGGAGAGGAAUCCCGCGCACUACUCCGGAUGGAUGGCUCGCCUCGGCCCCGGCGCUGUACGCACUACUCUGGAUGGAUGGCUCGCCUCGGCCCCGACGCUCAUCGGCGUUGGGGUGUACUUCAAUCCAUUUGUUGAGUGGAGGGACAAGAGGAUAAAGUACGCCGGAGGAUUAAUGAUGUCUUAACUAACAUGGCAGUGAAUCGAUGAUGCCAUUACAGAUAAGAAGAGCACUAAGUCAUAUCACUGGAAUAUAUUUUCCUUUUCUUGCUUUUGAUCAAAGAGUUCUGCCGUAGUUGUUCGUCUUUCCCAAGGUCGGAGCUGGUUUGCCUGUGAUAGCUUCCGUAACCCACAUUAUUGCCUCUGGAGAUCCAGUUUGUUUGCUCUGGUUUUCUCAUAUUGUUGGUAGUCUGAGUGGUACACUUGGUUAUGUGAUGAGUGAGCUGGAGGAUGGAAAGAGAUUUAGUGAAGUUGUGAAAACUGCUAGGUCUCUUGGUUAUACAGAACCAGGCCAAAAAAAAAAUUUCAUUCAUUUGUGGCAUUAUAAGAUUAAUGUGUACUCAGUAUUCAUUCGUUAUCUGUCAUUGCAGCUUUCCUGAAUUUAGUGAUGCUUGUGAUAAGUUCACUUACUCAGCUAUUUAAUUUUGGUAGAUCCACGUGAUGAUCUCAGUAGGAUGGACGUAGCUAGAAAUGUUAGAUGCCUUAAAAGUUUCCAUCUGAUGAAUUACAUGCUACUCUACAUAAUUCACUUUAUCUGUGUAUUUGUUGACCAUUGUCGCUGUUUUGUUCAACUCCUAUGUCCAUGAACUAAUAUAUCAUGAACUGCAUGCUGCUGUGUAUCUCUUCUUUUUUGUGUUUAAUUGUUCGUACUGGGAUUUGAUCCAAAAUACUCCACCUGUUCAGGGAGGCCUGUGUUAUGCACUGAUCCUAUUUGGAAUUUAA